AUGUUCAAUAAGAUUUCCCUCCUUCCAAUCCCCCUCCUCCUCCCUCCAGGCGCACUUGUACUGUCAGCAACAUGCUCGCCUGCCAUCAACGCGCACAUCCAUUCCCCCAUUUUCCCCUUUCCCCCCGUUCUCCUCUUUUCCCUGUCUUGUUGCCCCCCUCCUUUCCAUCGCUCUCUCUCCAUUUGCCUGCCUUUCCCUCUUCGUCUACUCAUCCUCCCACAAUUUUCUUUCCAUCCAAUUCCCUGGUUCCAAUCCCCUUCCUCCCUUCAGGCGUACAUGCACCGUCAGCACAUGCUCGCCCGCCGGCGCCCCGCACCGCCAUCCACAUCAGCACCGCCGUCCACGUCAGCACCACCGGUGGAGUCAAAGCAGAAGCGCGGACUCACCCCAGGAUCUGUGCGCUCUCCUCGGUCUUUGGAAGGGGACGUGGGGACAGGGGAGAGUCUUGGGUCCACCAUCCCCGACCCAGCUAUUGAGUGCUCUGAGACGCGCUACAUGCAGCAGGAGGUGCAGGGAGCGCUGAGGCAAGCCAUUCUCGGGCUCUCACCCAAAGAGCGAGCCAUCAUUCAACUCAGAUUCGACCUGCCAGAAUCUCUUCUGGAAGAUUGCCGCCCGGCAAAUUAUCUCCUCAAAGGUUGCCGCCGGGCUGAUCCUCUCCUCAAAGAUUCGCUCCAGACGGAUGGCUGCUCGGCUGAUUGCAACUGUGGGGGCAAUGGGCUUGGGGGCGGCGCCGGGCAGCAACAGGGGCAGCAAAUUAUCGUGGGUUGUGUUAAGCAAGAGGGGGGGCAUGGUGAGAUGCGGAAGACCGUGCAGGAGGUGGGGGUGAUGGUGGGGUUGACUGGAGGACGGGUGCAGCAGAUACAAACAGCAGGGUUGGGUAAGAUGAGGAGGAGCAUGACAGGUUGGGAGGGGUAUGUGCAUAUGUGGGGGAAUUGA